UUACCUGGAGAUUAUAGUUUGGGAAAUAAUUUCAAGUAAUAAAUAUUAUAUAGUGCAAAUUUCGUUUCGUAAAUGUAUCAUUAUACCAUACAAUUCGAGGUUUAAAUAAGAUUUAUCACUUAAAAAAUAUUCUUCCGCGACGCCAUUUUGUGUAAAUUCGAUAUGAGACAAAAUUGUUUUGACGUUGAUAAUAUAUCUGAAUAUUCUAUCGUUGUACAUUUGUGAAGUUUUAAUAAAUUUUAUCAACUACUAAAUCACCUACAGAGGAAUUGAUGGAAAGGAGGGAAAUCAUCAACAAGCACAUACAUUUGAAAGAAUGCUUCAAUACAUGGCAAUGAAGCAGUUUGUAAAUAUUGUCUGGCUAUUUAGUAGCCACGUAUAACAAGGAAUGCAGGAUGCAUUUUCUCAAGACAUGUUCAAUUUAAGUGACAUUAACAGCUCCAGAUGUAAUGGCCAUGUUCCAUUUUCAACGACUGGUAAAGUGCCCACCAAAAGGGAUCGCAAGGGUUGCAAGAAGGGGAAGAUUGAAGCUAUUAUGAAAAAUAACUUUGUUUCUUCCAAACCACGUACCAAAAUACAAACAUCCCCAGUUGUGAAAAAAUUCAAACCAAUUCAGUCAGUAACUAAUCAUGCAGUAAAGCCAGGAGCUCUCACCAAGAGUGAAUAUAUCGACUCUGAUGACCCAUACACAUUCACAGAAACAGAACCACAAAUCGUAACUCUUCACCCUAAUUCCAAUAACCUAACCCUCUCAAGGAAGCUUGUUCCUCUUAUAUCGAAUAGAUCAAAUCAACUGUUUGUGAACAAAAAUGGGAUAAAUAUGGUAUGUGUGGAUCGAGAGUCCGAAUUGAACAAGGCAAACAAAACUUUGGCUGACUUGAAAGCUGUUCAGUCGGCCGAGCUCCCUUCUAAGCCAUUUGUGUCUAAAGUUACCAAGAACAUCCAUAGCUUAGAAGGGAGCUCAAAAACCAUGAAUAAACUACAGGCUGACAUAGCUCGUAACAAACUAAUUGGAAAGCGUAAGAAAAUGGUUGUGAAUAAUAAGGUCGUUAGUGAGUGGGAGGACAAAGUUAUUAAGACUGAACCUAACAGCAAUCAACAUUCAAGUCCUACAGUGUUUGCCAAAGUGUCAGUUCCAGCCAAGCGACUGCUGCGGCAGACAACUUGGCAAAGAGAGAGAAAAUCAAGACAUGAAGCUCUUCUAAGAAUGCAACAAACACAACAACAAGUUUGGGAUCUAAACCAUGAUCUCUAUCCCUUAGGUUUGGAACUGUCAGACUCAGAAGGUGAGGAGGACAGUCGAGGGGUGUUCCAGAGGCAUUGGUUCAUGGGCUGUGUGUGGGGAAGUGUGGGCUGUGGCAGUGGUGGCAGGGAGUCACGACUGGCUCAGGUCAGCAGUGAGAUGCGGCGGCGAAUGCGACAGGUCUGGCGUAAUCCUGGACAUUGCUCUUAUCUGAGUCAUGACUAUGUGACAUCAAUUGUUGAUGCAGCUAGGACUCACCCUAUAUCUACUGCACUCUUGCUUCAUCCGAAUUUGAAAUUUCCAUCUAGACCGCAGAGCAGAGCUGUCGUAUCGAUGCUGGUACCACAGAAGUGCAGUUUGGAGUGCGAGAGGCCAGCCUUGCCCUGUACACGUCACUGUGCUCAACACAUCAUGUACAACGUGGACCAGCUACUGUUCCAACACUGCACGGCCAAGUUCUCUGACAACACUCAGUGCUGCGUUCCAGUCUUCGAUAUCUCUCACCACCACCCAUUGUGCCCAAAGCACGCAGCAGCUUUUGACAAUGCAAUGAAAGCUGAUGGUGGAUCCAAACCAAAGAAAUGUUCAAGAAAAAAAUCUAAACCUCUUGCUUUAUCAAGAUCUGCUAAAAGAGGAAAAAAGAAGAAGAAACCAAGAACUAGUUUAGGUGAUGCCAAUGAAGUGGAGAUGUCAGAGGUGGAAGUGAAGACAGAACCUAUGAUGGUGGAGGAAGUGGUGACAGCAUCGGAUACAAACCACAUGGACCAAAUAAUGCUGCAUUCCUCUGGACCUACUGAAGUGUUCCUCACCAACUCUACACCCGUCUCACAAGUGGAAAUACAAGUCCAGCUUGAAGAUGCUGUGGAAGUGGUGUCAGAUGAAGUUUUGGCAAUAGCAUCUCUGGAUCCCACAGAACUGGCAAACCAGGCUUCCAGACUUCUUGAAGAACACGAUAUUACCUCCAUGCUAAACCAGAUUCCUCCAGACGCCUUUACUGAUAUAUUUCUAGAGGAUAAAAACGGAGAGUUUGGACCAACAAGAGAACAGACAGAGGGGCUGGAGCGAGCUCUAGAGGAAGUGGACAAAGAGGUGCGGACGUUGGAGAGGAUGAGUCUGUCUCUACCUCUAGACCCCAUCAACUUACUGGACGAUGUAGGUGGCUACGUCACUUACCCCAACGGCUUCACCACCAUCCCCGCCACCACUCACCACUCGUAGCACCACCCCACUCACUAAACCGAUAUGUUCCUCUUACAUUCUGUACAUAAUUAAUUGUUAGCUAGCUGUAACUAUAUAAAUAAUUCUAGUUUUAAAUGUGUAGUCUGAUCCGAUGUUUAAUUUUGUUAUGUAAAAAGUUUAAGGGAUUUUUUUUUUAUAGCUGUAAUUUCCUUAGUUUAGGUAUCACCUUUUGUACUUUUCCUUGAGUUGUAUUUUUUAUAAGUCACGUAAUUAAUUUAUAUUUCAUUGUCAUUGUUAUUGUUUACGUUAAAUAAAGUUCUGGAAGUACAAAAUUA